AUGAGUCCUCAUACACCUCCAGCAGAUGAUCCCGAACAAUCAAACAUGGAAAUGCCUAAUUGUUCACAUGCACAAACUCACAGUAACAAUUCUGAAGAUUUAAUUCAGGCAGCCAAUGAAGGAAAUGUGAAACGCUUGAAAUGUCUUUUGCAGCAUCAUAAUGUAGACGUGAAUGGAAUUUCUAGUGGAUUGACCGCACUUCACGCUGCCUGUCAAGCUGGUCAUUUAGCUUGUGUUAUCCUACUGUUACAAUAUGGAGCCAGACGUAGGAAUUUGGAUUCUUCUGAUAAUGAAGCUAUUCAUUCAGCAGUUCAAAGUGGAAAUAUUGAUAUUUUAAGACUUUUAAUGCGGCCACAUAAUGAUAUAACAUCAAGGUUGGUAAAUAUUUCAGAAGAAAAUGAUGUGGUCGAAGCAAAUCUCGUCGAUCUGGACGAUAAUUCUCCAACAAAUGAAAAUAACAAUCGUUUUGGCGGUCAAGAAAUUUUGGAUAUAAAUGCUAGAAAUGCAUUACGGCAAACUCCAUUACAUUUGGCUGUCAAUCGACAGAACAUACCAAUGGUACAAUGCCUACUGGAAGAAAUGAAUGCUUUGACAAAUUUACAAGAUUGUGAUGGCGACACGCCCCUUCACGAUGCUAUUUCAAGUCAAAAUACUGUUCUUGUAGAAUUGUUAUUACGUCAUAAUCCUGACUUGACAAUUCUUAAUAAUGCUGGUCAAAAUUCCUUACAUUGUGCCACUGUUCAUGGUGGUACUGAGAUUAUACGUCUUUUACUCGAACAUUGUUCAUCAACACCAUGGAUAGUAGAUGAGACACAACCAGAUGGUUUGACUGCAUUACACUUGGCUUCAUUAAAUGGAAAUAUGGAAGCUGUAGAUCUUCUUUUGCAAGCAGGCGCUAGUCCAAAUCUUGUAGUUCGUCGUCCAGCUGGCUUGUCUCCAUUAAAUGGAUGUGAUGAAGAAAAAUUAGGCUCUGUAUUUACACCUCUUCAUUUGGCUGUUCACAAAGCACAUCCAGAUGUUGUAUGCUUAUUACUAUGUUAUAGAGCUAGAGCAGCUUGUCGUAGUGGAGCAGGACGUAGUCCAAUGCAAUUAGCUUUAAAUGCUCUUGGACAAACACACGAGUCUCAGAGUGUAAAUGUUCGACGUUUCGAUGUCGCUUUAGUACCUUUCCUCGCAUCGGUGGCACGUCUUCUAGUUCGAAUGGCUGAUUCACUUGCACUAACGCCCAUUUCAACUGGAGUGCUGUCUAGUGGCAUAAAUAAAUUGCGACUCAAUCCAAACAGAAAUAAUUAUGAAGAACAGUUAAUUGAAAUAGACAAUGAUCCUGACGAUGAACCACAUAGAAAUACUACAACUGAAUCAUUAAAUUUGGUAUCUCCAAGUGCAUUAUGUCGUCGUUUAAAAUCUACGAUACAGGCAACUUUAGAAACAGGUGUUCCACGCAAUGUACUUAUUGCUGCAUGUUUAGCUUCAGCGAUAGGUGCGGAAUCAUGGUCAUCUCAUUUAGGAGCCAUAAAUUCUGAAAGUGCAGAAGAAGACAAUGUAGAUAAUGUUACUACGGAAUCAAUUAGUGAAAAUUUUGUCACAGAUGUUUUUCGUGAAUGCCGAGAUCCAGUUUUACAGUUAGCGCUACAACAAUGUCAUAUAGAAGCCUUAAAUUUCGUUAAAUGUUAUCCUUCAAAUACUGAUUCAAUUAAUCGUAGUCCAAGACAUGAUAUUAACCGACCAAAUUCUCCACUCCUUUCAGCUAUGUGUGAUAGUGAUGAAGAGAAUUUAGUUCAAACAUUUUUCCAAACUGAUAACCGCCAAAUACCACCAGCCGACUUAUUACCAAGUUGUUCAGUUGUAGGAUCAAAUAAUUCUUUUGUUAUACAAUCACCGCUAAUAAAUCAAGGAAAUGAAAAUUCUUUAAAUCAGCCAUUUGCUAUUGAAAAUCAAUUUAUUCCAGAACCAAAUAACUUACGUAGUAAUAUGCCUCAUUCUAAUGUUUAUGCAUUGCUUCCACCUACACUUGAUGAUAUUGACCUGGAAUGGCGUGAAUGUCUUGUAUGCUCUGAGAGAAAUCGAGCUACAGUCAUACUACCAUGUGGACAUAUCAUCACUUGUGAAACAUGUACGCCUUUGAUUAAAAAAUGUCUUCUAUGCAGACAACGAAUCGCUGGAUAUCAUAAAUUUUCACUUUGUUGUGAAUGUAAUCUAUCAAAUGGUGUCGUUUUAGCUAGACCAUGUAAUCAUAUGCUUUGGUGUAAAUCAUGUCUAAAAACUAAAGUACAACAAUUGGAAAUUAUUCAUCAAAUUACAGAUGAUAUUAGCUUUUAUGAAGAAGAGGAAGAUGUAAUGGAUAAUAGGAACCAAACUUCAUCAACUAACAAUACUACUUUAAACAAUACUGAUUUACUAAAUAUAUCAGCAUCAUUGCCAUCAGGGACGUCAACAAUUCCAACAGCUACCUCUACGACACAAUCUAGCAUGAACUCAAACAUUGAUGAAUUAGACCCGUUGUUUUCCACAGAACCUUCAACGUCAUCACUUUCAUCUGUUAAUAGAACAAAUGAUAUAAAUUUAUGGCGUAAUGUACCACUAGGUCGUCUGUUAUCGAUGAUAAAUAAAAUGCAAAGUUUACUAGACGAUUUAUUAACUGGAGGCAUUUGUUUAGAUGGUUGUCCCUUGUGUGAUAAUGCAGUUCAGUCACUAUGUCCUGUAUUAGUAGCAUGUUCCGGUGUGAAUAAUCAAUCGACUACAAUUGCUCUUAGACACAAUUCAAAUCCGUUUACAUUGAAUUCUUGUAAUUCGAUCGAAACUGAAUUAAAUCCAACCGCAUCAAAUAUUACAAGUAUACUACCAACAAAUAACUCUGUUUUAACUAAUAUUCAAACAGACAUGCAAUUAGUGCAGAAUCAAUUAGUUUCAUCUAAACCCCCACGCAAUCUGUCUCCAAUCGAUCAUCAAAAUUUUAGUGGAUUAGUGAAUCCAUCUACUAGACAGAAUAUGAUAACACCAAAUAAUCAGCUUCGUCAAGGUGGAAGUCGAGCUGAAGUUAUUGGACGACCGAGGGGUCUAAAAACGCAUUUAUGUGAACGUGAAUUAGACCGGUUAAAACAUGAACUUCAAGUAAUGCGUGAACAAAUUCGAUGUCCUAUAUGUCUGGAUCGUUCACGAAAUUUGGUUUUCAUGUGUGGUCAUGCUACAUGUCAAUGGUGUGGUGAUCAGGUCACUGCAUGUCCAAUAUGUCGUAGAGCAGUUGAAAGUCGUAUUAUCCUAUAUUAA